CAUCGAUUACCGUCUUUGAGGUAAAUCUCUGAUUCCAGUAAUGUGCAUUAUGCUUAAGGAAAUAGUUUUUCCUACAGCCAGGCUGUGUGAAGCAGGGCGCCAAUAAGCAAUAAAUAACUUAGGUCGCAACCAAUCAGUACAACCCAAGAGAAUCUUCAAAUAGCACAGCCAAUCACAGUUCAGGGACCACCUCCUCCAAUGACGCCCACAACUGCGGGUGGUCUUCCUUGUUUAUGAAUCAGACAUUGUCUUGCGAUAAUACAAUCUGUUCGGCACUAGUUUGCUUUUGGAAAUAUGAUGUCACAGGUGGCUGAAUAAGGAGGAACUCGUCAACCACAUCGACCGAGUGAAAAUAUGGAGACCCUUAUCCCCAUCAUCAACCGGCUGCAAGAGGUCUUCCUGACAGUUGGCACUGAUGUCAUCCAGCUCCCUCAGAUAGUGGUGGUGGGAUCACAGAGCAGUGGAAAGAGCUCUGUGUUGGAGAGCCUGGUCGGUAGGGACUUCCUGCCCCGGGGGUCCGGGAUCGUGACGAGGCGGCCCCUGGUGCUGCAGCUGAUUAACGUGGCCCCGCUGGAGCAGAGGAGGCAGGCUGAGCACGAAAAUGGGAUUAAACAAAGUUCUCAGGACAGCUAUCCAGGUGUCAAGGCUGAGGAAUGGGGAACAUUCCUGCACUGCAAGGGCCAGGUCUUUGCAGAUUUCGCCGAAAUUCGUAGCGAAAUUGAAAAGGAGACUGAACGAAGCUCAGGUGACAAUAAGGGAAUCAGUCCUGAACCCAUCCAUUUGAAAAUCUUCUCGCCCAAAGUCCUGAAUCUGACGUUGGUCGAUUUACCCGGUAUAACUAAGGUCCCUGUAGGAGACCAACCGGAGGACAUUGAAGCUCAGGUGUACGAGAUGAUCCAGUCCUUCAUCUCCAACCCCAACUCCCUCAUCCUUGCCGUGUCGCCCGCCAACUCUGACCUGGCCACGUCGGAGGCCCUGAAGCUGGCCCGCGACGUGGACCCAGAAGGCCGCCGGACGCUGCUGGUGGUCAGCAAGCUGGACCUGAUGGACGCCGGGACGGACGCCCUGGAGGUCCUGCUGGGACGGGUCAUCCCCGUCAGGCUGGGCAUCAUCGGGGUCGUAAACAGGAGCCAACAUGACAUCAACACCCAGAAGAGCCUGGAGGACUCCCUGCGGGGUGAGCAGGCCUUCCUGCAGCGGCACUACCCCUCACUGGCCGCCCGCUGCGGCUCGCGCUACCUGGCCCGCACGCUGAGCCGGCUGCUGAUGCACCACAUCCGCGACUGCCUGCCGGAGCUGAAGAGCCGCGUGACGGCGCUGAGCGGGCAGUACCAGGCGCGGCUCAGUGGCUACGGCCAGCCGGUGGAGGACCACAGCGCCACCCUGCUGCAGAUCGUCACCAAGUUCGCCAGUGACUACUGCAACACCAUCGAGGGCACGCCGCGCUACAUCCAGACCACCGAGCUCUGUGGGGGGGCUCGCAUCUGCUACAUCUUCCAUGAGACCUUCGGCCGGACGCUGCAGUCAAUCGACCCCCUUGGGGGCUUGACUGAGCUGGACAUCCUCACCGCCAUCCGCAACGCCACCGGUCCGCGGCCAGCGCUCUUCGUGCCUGAGAUCUCCUUUGAGCUGCUGGUGAAGCGACAGAUCAAGAGGCUGGAGGAGCCCAGCCUGCGCUGCGUGGAGCUGGUCCACGAGGAGCUGCAGAGGAUCAUCCAGCACUGCUCCUCCUACAGCACACAGGAGCUGCUGCGUUUCCCCAAGCUGCACGACUCCAUCGUGGAGGUGGUGACGGCCCUGCUGAGGAAGCGCCUGCCCGUCACUAAUGAAAUGGUCCAUCACUUGGUUGCCAUAGAGCUGGCGUACAUCAACACCAAGCACCCUGACUUCAGCGACGCCGCGCAGGUCUCCGCCUCCGUCAACAGUCAGCAGGCCGAGGGUCUUGACGGAGGCAAGCGCUGGAAGAACGACCGGGCGGUGGAGGAGAGAGCCUCUUCCUCCGGGUUUGGCAGCCCCAGUAAGGGCCAAGCUAUUAACCUCCUAGACACGGCCCUGCCCCCCUCCCGCAGGCUGACCACCAGGGAGCAGAGGGACUGUGAGGUCAUCCAGCGAUUGAUCAAGUCCUACUUCCUCAUCGUGCGCAAAAGCAUCCAAGACAGCGUGCCCAAGGCGGUGAUGCACUUCCUGGUGAACUUUGUGAAGGAGCGUCUGCAGAGUGAGCUGGUGGGACAGCUCUACAAGCAGACCCUGAUGCACCAGCUGCUGGUGGAGUCCGCCGACACGGCCCAGCAGCGGGACGAGGUGGCCCACAUGCUGGAGGCGCUUCAAAAAGCCAACAACAUCAUCUCUGAAAUCCGGGAGACACAUCUGUGGUAGCCCUCAAGAGACGUUGUGUGUGUGUGUGUGUGUGUGUGUGUGUGUGUGUGUGUGUGUGUGUGUGUGUGUGUGUGUGUGUGUGUG